ACUCAUAUUUCUCAAAGCUUCAUAAUUACCUCUCAUUACCCACGCGAUAAGUAGAAAUACUCAAACCGCAAUCAUGGCCGACAAUGGAUCAACAGAGAAGAUUAACACUGAUAUCGUGACGCUUACCCGUUUCCUCACCGAGGAGCAGGUAAAGCAUUCCGAAGCUACUGGAGACUUCACUCUCCUCUGCCACGCCCUCCAAUUCUCCUUCAAAUCUAUCGCCUACUACAUCCGUCGUGCCACCCUCAUCAACCUCACCGGUCUAGCCGGCUCCUCCAACACUACCGGCGACGACCAGAAGAAACUCGACGUCAUUGGCAAUGACCUCUUCAUCGCCGCCAUGCGCUCCUCCGGCAAGUGCGCCGUCCUAGUCUCCGAAGAGGAGGAGGAGGCUAUCUUCUUCCCCGAGCACCCCGGCGCGCGCUACGCCGUAGCAUGCGACCCGAUCGACGGCAGCAGCAACCUGGAUGCCGGCGUAUCAGUCGGUACGAUUUUUGGCAUCUAUAAGCUCGAGGAGUCGGUGUCGGGCGGGAAGGUGACGAAGGAGGAUCUGCUGAAGCCGGGAAGCGAGUUGGUGGCUGCGGGGUUCACCAUGUAUGGUGCCUCGGCGCAGUUGGUGAUUACUAUGAAGGGAAGCAGCGUUAAUGGGUUUACCAUGGACAAUGCGCUCGGCGAGUUCAUCCUCACCCACCCCGAUAUGAAGGUGCCAAAGAAGCGUUCGAUCUACUCGGUCAAUGAGGGAAACAGCUUGUACUGGGAGGAGCCGGUCAAGCAAUAUUUCGAUAGCUUGAAGUACCCCAAGGAGGAGGGUGGCAAGCCAUACAGCGCGAGAUAUAUCGGAUCUAUGGUUGCGGAUGCAUACAGGACGCUGCUUUACGGCGGGAUCUUUGCGUACCCUGCGGAUAAGAAGAGCCCCAAGGGGAAGCUGAGGAUUCUGUACGAGUGCGCGCCUAUGGCGAUGGUCUUCGAGAAUGCUGGUGGACAAGCGGUGAACAGCACGAUGCAACGUAUGAUGGAGAUCGUACCAGAGCAUAUCCACGACAGAUCUGGUAUCUUUAUGGGCAGCUACGAUGAGGUGCAGAAGGUCAUUGAUAUGCACAAGGCUAGCUGAAUAUUCUCUCGCAAUUUGAGGAGUAUUUGAGCCAAGGCGAAACGGAAUCUUCGAACCCCCAAGAAGAUGCGCAACAUUAUCUCCUUGUGUGAUCACGGCGGAGGACGCGAAUUGUUGGGGAAGGGGCGGAAGCAGGGUAGAUAGAGCACAAAGGUAGCUACUAGAAUAGGACUGUAUUUUAAAACUACGAAUAGAUGCCUGUCAAACAGCUAGCUGGUCAAAACACAUUUCGGG